GUGACCACGGGACGCGGAAGUUUUGAUCUGAGGACCAGAGCAGCUCCUCCAGUCGGUGCUGCUCGAACAGAAAAUCGUCCUGUUUUAAAGUUCAGAGCUCGACACUCUAAAUGGGCAGGAUGACGCAGAAGUACCACCUGGAGGGCCAGGUCUACUCUGUGCCCCUGAUCCAGCAGGACCUGAGGAGGGAGGAGGCCGUGCACCAGAUCACUGACGCCCUGCAGCAUCUGGAAAAUAUCUCCACAGAUAUCUUUAACAGGGUGUCUCAGAGUGUGGAAAGGAACCGCGCUCACCUUCGGGCCGUCACUGACCGCAUUAAACUGGCUCAAGCGCGAGUCGACAAGAUUAAAGGAAGCAAGAAAGCCACCAAGGUGUUUUCCAGUGCUAAAUACCCAGCUCCUGAGAAACUGCAAGAUUAUUCUUCGAUAUUUAUCGGUGCCAUAGAUUCAGCAUCUCAGAAACGACCACGCUACAAAAUUCAGAGCAAGCUCCGCCCCCUGGAUGACAAGGCCUUACAGGAGAAGUUGAUGUAUUUUCCUGUGUGUGUGAACACUAAGAAGCGCUCGGAGGAUGAGACCGAGGAGGGACUGGGGAGUCUGCCAAGGAACAUCAGCUCCGUCAGCUCUCUGCUGCUCUUUAACACCACAGAGAACCUGUAUAAGAAAUACGUGUUCCUGGAUCCUCUUGCCGGAGUUGUCACUAAAACUCACAACGCACUAGAAACAGAGAAGGAAGAAAAGCCGUUUGACGCGCCGCUAUCCAUUACUAAACGAGAGCAACUAGAGAGACAGACGGCAGAGAAUUAUUUCUACGUACCAGACCUGGGGCAAGUGCCCGAGAUCGAUGUUCCCUCUUAUCUGCCCGACCUGCCUGGCAUCGCCGAUGACCUCAUGUACAGCGCUGACCUCGGCCCAGGGUUCGCCCCUUCAGGCGCCGUCACCGCGAGCAUGCCGGAGCUGCCCUCUUUUGGCACAGAACCUGACGAAGGCUCCCAGUUUCGUUCCGAGGCUCCUCCGCCUCCACCCCCGCCGCCGCCUCCUCCACCCCCUCCUCUGGAGUCUUCUCAGGUUGCAGCUCCUCCCCAUGGAGCUCCUCCAGCCCCGCCCCCUCCUCCACCACCACCCCUUGCUCCAGAUGACACAGGUGGUGGAGGUGUAUCCACCCAUGCCCCGCCCACAGGUGCAGUAAAAGGCGCCCCUACAGAGGUUCUGCAGCCUUCGGAUGGGCGAGCCAGUCUGCUGGAGUCUAUCCGUAACGCCGGUGGCAUAGGCAAAGCCAAACUCCGCAAUGUUAAAGAGCGGAAAAUGGAGAAGAAGAAACAAAAGGAACAAGUGCAAGUCUCAGCAGCAGCCAGCGGAGGAGAUUUCAUGUCUGAUCUCUUUAAUAAAUUGGCCAUGCGAAGGAAAGGCAUCUCGGGGAAAGUCCCCGGAGGCACAGACUCCACAGAACCACCCGGCAGCGCGUUCGCCAGGAUGUCAGACGUGAUCCCGCCCCUUCCUGCUCCCCACCAGCCGGGCGCAGAAGCCGACGACGAUGACUGGGAGGCGUAGCCAAGAUGGACCACUUAGGAAUGAACGUUUAAGAACUGAAGACGUG